AUGCCGGCGCAGGCCCCAGUGACGUUCGAGGACGUGGCGGUCUAUUUCUCCCCGGCGGAGUGGGCGGCGUUAGCGGAAUGGCAGAGGGAGCUGUACCGGGACGUGAUGAUGGAGAAUUACGAGCUGGUGGCAUCUUUGGGCUCCGUGGGCCCCAAGCCCAAGGCAUCGGCUAGAAAAGCAAAGCGAGAGAAGGCGCCGUAUGUCUGGGACCAUCAGUACUCGAGAGCGAAAGUCCUGAUGCUUCCAGCACAGGGGAACGACACCCCAAACGAGGAGCCGGUGAGCUUCGAGGAGGUGGCGGUCUAUCUCACCACCGAGGAGUGGAAGGAGCUGAAGGACUGGCAGCGGGAGCUGUAUCAGGACGUGAUGAAGGAGAAUUACGAGCUGGUCACCUCUGUGGGAGACACCGUGGAGAAACCGGAGAUUGUCUCUAGGCUGGAGCGCGGGGAAGAGCCGUACGACCCCGGAGAGACACGUGUUCCUGGUCCCCACGGCGUGGGUGGUGGGACCCGGGGGGCUGAUGAGGAGGGGACGCGUCACGAGGAAGAGCCGGCAGGACUGGGCCCGAGCGAGAUGCUAACGGGGAGAGACGCAGCGAGAGUUUCCCUGGGCUCGGCCAGGACCGGAGCCAGUGCCAGUCGGAGUCAGCGCAAAGGGCGCCCGGGCCAGGGGAGGCCUGUGGGGAACGGACACGAUGAACCCCUGUGGGGCAAGAGGCGGGUCAGGGACUCCCCAGCCAGCGCUGAGCUCCAGAGCAACGGGGCCCCAGAGAGACCCUGCCCAGCGCCUGAGAACCUGGGGGGCAGCGUGGGGACGGGAGCCGUGCCUGUAACCCCCAUUGCAGAGGGGCCGUGUGGGGGGAGCAUUGGGCAGGGCGGGAAGCCAACAGAGGAGCAUGCUGCCCCUGGGGGCGGGGGGCCCUACAAGUGUGGAGAGUGUGGGCAGGGCUUUGGCAGCCAGGCCUCCCUGGCCAAGCACCGGCGGCAGCACGCUGGGGUGGGCGCCUUUCCCUGCAGCCAGUGUGGCAAAGCCUUCAGCAACAAGGGCAACCUCCUGCGGCACCUGAAGCUACACAGCGGGGAGAAGCCGCACGGCUGCGCGGAGUGCGGGCGGCGCUUCCGCACCAAGCAGACCUUCCUGUCGCACCAGCGCGUGCACACUGGGGAGAAGCCCUUCGCCUGCCGCCAGUGCGGGCGGAGCUUCACGCGCAAGGAGAACCUCGUGCGCCACCAGGAGACCCACGUGCACAAAGAGCCCCACACUUGUCCCGAGUGCGGCAAGAGCUUCCUGCAUGAGGGCUCGCUGCUCCUGCACCGCCGCGCCCACUCCGGGGCCCGGCCCUUCCCCUGCGCCCACUGCGGCAAGAGCUUCAACUGGAAGACGAACCUGACCACCCACCUGCGCAGCCACGCUGGGGAGCAGCCCUCCGCCUGCCACCAGUGCGGCCAGCGGUUCGGCAACCGCGGAGACCUGCUGCGGCACCAGAGGGCCCACGCGGGCGGCGGGCUGCUGACCGGCUACGGCAAUGGGGAGACCUUCAGCGAGUUCCUCCAGAUCCACGAGAUGCUGAUCUCCCGCACGCACGCCCGCAAGCCCCUGGGUGCCCUCACCAAGUACAAAUGAAAGCUGGCUGCAGGGCUGGGGCGGCUCGGGCAGCGCGGGAGCAGGGGAGGACGCCCAGCCCUGUCUCCCAGCACGUGGCAGGAUAGAUGACCCUGGCAAUGCAGGUACGCCAGCGGGGCUACAGCCCGGCCGGGAGCACGACCCUGGUGGGGGGAGCACGACCCUGGUGCGGGGAGUGCUCUGGAGCUCCUCGGUGCAAGCUCCUCCCCCAGGAUUUUUCCUUUGGCUGUUUAUUGGUUCCCAUCCAGUUAGUUCCGGCUGCUGCUGCCGGAUGGAGGGUGACAGCUGCCCCCUGGGGUGCACUGGUCCCAUUGUUUAGGCCGCUGACUCCUAGCCAUGAAGUCCUGCGGCACGUUCCCAGUGCUGCUCUCUGAGCUCUCAUGUCGCCGACCCUGGCAGGAGAGGCUGCUGGACAUGCCCCGAUAGCCAGUACCUAGCAGAGAAGAGCGGGGCCUAGGAGAAAUCUUCCGGCGGAGCCCCAGGUGGCACGCAGGCUCCGGGGGUCCUGAGGGGCAGAUCUCGCUGCAGCAAGGCCCACGUCAGGGAGAGAAGGCAGCAUUGCUGAGGAGGUGCAGAUGGCAGCUUGCUGUACUCCAGCCCACGACUGCUGGCUCUAGGCUGGGGUUUCAGGGGAGUGCAGGCGACAGCAGGCUGGGUUAGCCCGAGAGAACCCCAGGGUCUGUCCGGAGUCGCAGUACAGGGGCUGCCCAGAGCAGCCUGGCUCGCUGGUAAAGGGCCUGUAGCCGACCUGGCGAAAGCCUGGCUAGGGGCACCAUUGACCAGUCUCCGUUCUCCGGUCUCGUUAACCAGCCAGGACCGACUCGCCGGUGGGUGCUUGUGAAUCCCAGCUGCCCGCCAGCGUGUCCUAGCCGCAGUGCCAGCCUUGCCCGUCCAGCCUCCGGUCACGCCCUUCUGACGACCCUCUUGCCUUGUAACAACCAUAGACAUGCAGGGCUGGACAGGACCUCGGGAGGUGACCAAGUCCAGAGCCCGGCUGAGGCAGGACCACGAAAGCCCAGCCCAGCCCUGACAGGUGUUCAUCCAGCGGGUUCUUGAAAACCUCCAUGACCUCCCUUGGGGCCUGUCCCAGAGCUUCGCUGCCCGGACAGUUUCUGCUACUAGCGACCGAAAUCACCCUCGUCCCCCACUUCAGUUUGAAGCUGGCUUUAGCUGCAGCUCUCAGCCUGGCCAGAGCCUGAGCCAGUGCUGGGUCCCCUCUGAAAUCUGGGAACGCCGCGUUUCGCAGGGUCGAGCCGUGUCCCCCCGGGCGGCUUUGGCGGCGCCAAUGAUGCUGCAGUUCGAGUGGGCGAGGAGGGACGGGCGAGGCGAGUUAGCAGCACCAACGGGGUCCUGCUUAAAGAACAUUUUCUUUACUAAGACUGUAACUCACCAGCUCAGGUGAGAAAUGUGCCACCUUCACGCAGGAAGGGAAGGGCUGGCUGACGAAGCAGCGUAUGCACUGAAACUCGGCGCGGUACAUAAAUACACUCUCCCGCUGUCAGACCCAGUGUCCAAUAAACCCGUCCAGUUCUCGCUC